AAAGAGGCCUGCACACAGCACUACACAGCUCAGCGCGACGGCUGGUCACCAAAGAAUAAACACAACAACGCACCUCUGCAGCCAACAACACAGAUCACCUGAGAGCUCUGAACCACCGAGACCGUAUAAUCACUGUACGCCUCGGAACUCGCACUUUCGACUUCUUCUUCUUUCACCUGCAGCCCCUUCCCUCCGCUUCCUUACAAGAUCACGCUUGGCAAACGCCUACACUCCGCACCUACGAUUCCGGUACACCAAGAAAAGUAGACGCUAGACUCGCCCCAAGCAACAAGAAACAAGAGAGACUCGAGCCAGCAUGGACCCCAUGAGUAACAUGAUGAUGAUGGUGCGUGUCCUUCCCCAGUAGGCUGUUGCUGAGGUGCUGGGUGGCGAAUCCAUCCCCUGUGAUUGGUCACGGUGGUCCGAACUGUCCGUGCUCGAGAAGACAUGGGCAGCGCGCGUCCAAGUGAUUGUCUGGCCACUUUUGUCAUUGUUCUCCCUCCUUUCGUCACACUUUGACCACCCGUCUUGUUCACACCCAGCACCAUGUCCACCGUACCCUACUCUCGUCCCAGAACAGGCGCUGAUAUUGCUCGCGAAUCGAUGUCUCACCCGGCCAAUGCCUCUCUUGGCUACAACAACCUCUCCUUUCCUACACCUGCAAACUCCUCCCUCGCCUACAUGUCUGCUCACAAACCGCACGAUAUUUACGACUUGCAGGGGCAAGGUGGGAUGGGCAUGAACCCUAUGAUGGGUAUGAAUCCCAUGAUGUCGAUGAUGGGCGGACCCAUGGGAAUGGGAAUGGGCGGGAUGGGUAUGGGUGGUAUGAUGGGAAUGGGUGGUUAUGGAAUGAUGGGCGGCGGCCUCGGAUCUGGUGCUUACGGGAUGCCAAGGUAUCCCGCUGGCGGUAUGUUCGGAGACUAUGGCAUGGGUAUGGGAGCGAUGCCGGGAGGGAUGAUGGGUGGCAUGGGGGCUGGUAUGGGGGGAUACGGAAUGAACGUGGGAAUGCCGUAUGGAUAUUAAAAGCUGAGAAUGGAGCUGAAAAGAGGAACUGCAUAGUAGGAGUGAGCGACAUGUACAUUAUUGUCCA